AUGGCUCCACCAAAGGACAAAUGGGACGAUGAGGCCGAGAGCGGCGAGGAAGAAGUCGGCACUGUCCCCCGUAUCGCGCCAAAGAAGAAGUGGGACGACGAAGAGGACGAUGAUGAUGUCCUCGACUCCUGGGACGCCGCCGAAGAUUCCGAGGAGGAGCGCAAGAAGGAGACCGCCAAAAAGGCCGCCGCCGAGAAGGCCGCUGCCGAAGCUGCUGCGAACCACAAAUCAAAGGCCGAGCGCAUCGCCGAGCGACAAGCCGAGAAGGCUGCUGCUGCCGAGCAGGCCGCCCGCGAGCUCGAGGAACUUGAGAACGAGACCCCUGCACAGAAGAGGGAGCGCGAGCGCCGUAGACAGGAGGAGUCGGAUAUGGCUCACGCUGUCGACCUCUUUGGCGCUGUUGGUAUCGGUGCUGGGUCGGGCAUUGGGAACCGUGAGAAGAAGAUCAGUCUUACGGACCCCAGUGAUCCCACCAAGAACAUUGACCUGGGAUCGCUGCCAAUUUUCAACCCAACGACAAAGGAUUCGUUUUUGAAGCUGAGGGAGGUGCUUGUGCCACUGCUCACUGCUAACACUAAGAAGGCGCAUUACCCGCUGUUUUUGCAGGAGUUUGCCAGGCAGUUGUCAAAGGAUAUGCCCAGUGAACAGAUCAGGAAGGUGGCCAGUGGUCUGACAACCUUGGCCAACGAGAGGCAGAAGGAGGAGAAGGCGGCAGAGAAGGGCGGUAAAAAGAAGACUGUUAAAAAGACUGCGUUGGCGGCGGCCGGAAAGGAGAUGGAUAAGUUUGACACAACAGACUACCAUGCAGAUAACGCGUAUGAUGACGACGACUUCAUGUAA